AUGGAGAUAGCAAAGCAGCACCUCUUCUCAAAACAGCUCAGUAAGCACUCCGUUGGAGCUUACAUGGAACUCUGUCGAGAAAUCGGCAACUCAUUCGAAGCGAUUCCACAAGCAGUAUUCGCAGAAGGAUCAUCACAAGGUCGGCAUGCUAGUCAUUCAAGAUCGAUUCUUCAACUCGAUGCCCAAACAAAAGCAUUACAGACCGAAAAGGAGAAGCUGUCAGCGGAACUCAGGCAGAUUCAGGAUCAAGCUAAUGCUGAAAGCGUAUUGCGCUUCCAAACUGAACACAAACUGAGUGAGUUAGAAGUAGACUUAUCUCUGAUGCGGGACGAGAAUGCACGGCUAUCACUGAUGAACGAGAAACUCACCAAACAAACGGAGCAAUCCGACGCAGAGCGAAAGAAAGUUUUGGCGGUCCUCUAUAGCCUAGGGCCGGGCCCUUCCAGCGCAAUACUUUCCUACAUCUAG